GCUGAAGACAUAAUACAUUUGAUUUCAGUAAUUAGUUUGACAUGAGUUCUGAAGAUACCUUUUUAGACAAAAUGAAAAAAUUCUAUUUGACUGACUUUUCUCAAAUAAUUCCUACUAAAUAAAUUUCAUUCUGAAGUACAGGGACUAGUAGAUAUGUCUGUUUUUUUGUAUUUAUUAAUGAUUUGAAUAAAAGGUUAUGUAGAAUGCUUAAUGAAUUUUGGGGUAAUGCUAUGGACUGAAUUGUGUCCCCCUCCAGAUUCAUAUGUUGAAACUCUAACCCUCAAUGUGAUGGAAUCUGGAGAUGAGGGCUUUGGAGGUAACUAAGGUUAGAUGAGGUCAUGAGGAUGGAACAAUCAUGAUGGGAUUGGUACCCUAAUGAGAAGAGACACCUGAAAGCUUGUUUCCUCUUUUUCUCUCUGCCAUGUGAGGACACAGAGAGAUGGUGGCCAUCUGCGAGCCAUUAAGAGAGCCCUCACCAGGAGCUGAAUCAAAUGACACUUCGAUCUGGGACUUCUCAGCCUUCAGAAUUGUGAGAAAUAAAUUCCUGUUGUUUAAGCCACCCAAUUUAUGGCAUUUUGUUACAACAUCCUGAGCCGACUAAUACAGCUUUGACAUUGUAAACCACAGACAAACUGGAGCCUGGCAUUGCAAGGAGGUGUUCUGCAACGAUUUUUUUUUCUUGUUUAAAGAAGUUUACUUCUACGAGAGGAAAUCUGGAAAAUGACAGGAGCAAAGAGGAAAAAGAAAAGCGUGCUUAGGAGCAAGAUGCAUACCCCCCGUGGUGAAGACAUUAAGCAGUGGUGUAGAAGGAGGCUACCUAUUUUGGAAUGGGCACCACACUACAAUCUGAAAGAAAACUUGCUUCCAGACACUGUGUCUGGGAUAAUGUUGGCAGUUCAACAGGUGACUCAAGGGUUGGCCUUUGCUGUGCUCUCAUCAGUGCACCCAGUGUUUGGUUUAUAUGGGUCUCUGUUUCCUGCCAUCAUUUACGCCAUAUUUGGAAGGGGACGUCAUGUUGCCACAGGCACCUUUGCCUUGACAUCCUUAAUAUCAGCCAAUGCUGUGGAACGGCUUGUCCCUCAGAGCACCCAGAACCUCUCCACACAGGGUAACACAAGUGUGCUGGGCUUAUCCGACUUUGAGAUGCAAAGGAUCGGUGUUGCUGCAGCAGUUUCCUUCUUGGGAGGUGUGAUUCAGGUGGCCAUGUUUGUGCUGCAGCUGGGCAGUGUCACAUUCCUGCUUACAGAGCCUGUGAUCAGCGCGAUGACAACUGGGGCCGCCACCCAUGUCGUGACUUCACAAGUCAAGUAUCUCUUGGGAAUGAAAAUGCCAUAUAUAUCUGGGCCACUUGGAUUCUUUUAUAUUUAUGCUUAUGUCUUUGAAAACAUCAAGUCUGUCCGACUGGAAGCAUUGCUCUUAUCCUUGCUGAGCAUCGUGGUCCUUGUUCUUGUUAAAGAGCUGAAUGAACAGUUUAAAAGGAAAAUUAAAAUUGUUCUUCCCGUCGAUUUAGUUUUGAUUAUUGCUGCAUCAUUUGCUUGUUAUUGUACCAAUAUGGAAAACACAUAUGGAUUAGAAGUAGUUGGUCAUAUUCCAAGAGGAAUUCCUCCACCUAGAGCUCCCCGUAUGAACAUCCUCUCUGCGGUAAUCACUGAGGCUUUUGGAGUGGCACUUGUAGGCUAUGCGGCCUCACUGGCUCUUGCUCAAGGAUCUGCCAAAAAAUUCAAAUAUUCAGUUGAUGACAACCAGGAAUUUUUGGCCCAUGGCCUCAGUAAUGUGAUUCCUUCAUUUUUCUUCUGCAUCCCAAGUGCUGCUGCCAUGGGGAGGACCGCCGGCCUCUACAGCACAGGAGCAAAGACGCAGGUGGCUUGUCUAAUAUCUUGCCUUUUCGUCCUUAUAGUCAUCUAUGCACUAGGACCUUUGCUUUACUGGCUGCCCAUGUGUGUUCUUGCAAGCGUUAUUGUUGUGGGACUGAAGGGAAUGCUAAUACAGUUCCGAGAUUUAAAAAAAUAUUGGAAUGUGGACAAAAUUGAUUGGGGCAUAUGGGUCAGUACAUACAUAUUUACAAUAUGCUUUGCUGCCAACGUGGGACUGCUGUUUGGCGUUGUCUGUACCAUAGCUAUUGUGAUAGGACGCUUCCCAAGGGCAAAGACUUUACAUAUAAAAAACAUGAAAGAAAUGGAAUUUAAAGUGAAGACAGAAACAGACAGUGAAACCCUGCAGCAGGUGAACAUUGUCUCAAUUAACAACCCACUUGUUUUCCUUAAUGCAAAGAAAUUUCAUAUGGAUUUAAUGAACAUAAUCCAAAAGGAAAAUGCCAGCAACCAGCUACUUGAUGAUAUCAGCAAGUGUGAACAAAACACGCUGCUCAAUUCUCUAUCCAAUGGCAACUGCAAUGAAGAAGCUUCACAGUCCUGCCCUAAUGAGAAGAGUUCUUUAAUCCUGGAUUGCAGCGGAUUGACCUUUUUUGACUAUUCUGGAGUCUCCAUGCUUGUUGAGGUUUACAUGGACUGUAAGGACAGGAGUGUGGAUGUAUUGCUAGCCCAUUGCACAGCUUCCUUGAUAAAAGCAAUGGAGUAUUAUGGAAACCUAGACUCAGAUAAACCAAUUUUUUUUGAAUCCAUAUCUGCUGCAAUAAGUAACAUCCAUUCAAAUAAGAAUUUGAGCAAACUCAGUGACCACAGUGAAGUCUGAGACACUUUUGUUCCAGUACAGCUCUUGUCUUUAGCAACUGCCCCACAGAGGCCAUAUGCUGGCAUUUUGCACAACUUUUUUGUUGUUUAGAUCCUACAGAUGACCUCUACUACAAUAAGUAUGAUAUGACUUUGUAACUGCAUGGCUGCUGGUCAAGAAUUGCCAAGAAUUUUUUCCAAUCUUUUUUAAUAAGCAAAUUCACUUGCUUAUUUUCUAUAAAAAUUGGUAUGUAUUUAGUUUUCGUGUACUGAAGGGUAAACAUGAUUUUAUUUCCUUUUACCACAGUAUUUUGUUUUAUUUCUAUUUUGCUAUAACUGAUUUGUAAAAUUGAGAAAUACUUUUAUCAUAAGAGAAUUGGAACAUUUAUAUGCCAUUUGUAAAAAUUCAGGAUCAUCUGUAACUAAUACAUAAAAACAAUUAGCCAGUGUGCCAUUUUCUCAUAUCUUCUCCCACCAAAAGCCAUUUAUAUAUCUACAAGGCUAAAUAUUACUUUAUACAAUAAGAUGUGAAGGUCACAGAAAAUAAACAAAAACAAAUGGCAAACUAGAAAUCAUUGAUCUCCAUACCUUUCCGUACAUGUAUUCAUUGCUACAGUAUUUAGGAAUGUUUUUCAAAAUUAGAAGAAAAUUGGUAUCCCAAUAAAGCUAAGUUUUUGACAUGUUUAUUUUGCUGUGAAUGUUGGGGCUGCUUAGGCUCUUCAGACCUAACAGCUCUAAUUUCCACAUUCUCACGCAGUAAGAGGCUCUAGUUUCUGCUUAAGUUUUAUUGGAGGCAGAAAAUGUGGAAAUUGCACAUUUUAUAUCUUUUCACAACUAUGAUUUUUAAAUGAGAAAAUACUACUAGUAGAAUAGCUUUGUGCUAUUCCAGUGUAAGGUUAACUGUAGUAGUUUUGGACUUUCUUAUUUCAGAGAGACAGUCCAUAUAAUAUACUAUGUUUUUGUGUCUAUAUCCAUAUAGAUAGAUAGAUAGAUCUCCAUAGUAUGUUUUCCUUUUUCUUUUUCUUUUGUUAGAGGAGACCUUGGAUGUGAUUAUCUGCAAACCCACCAAAACUAACAGGAUAAUUGACAAAUAAACACAGCAGGCCAGGGUGAACUAUAUGGUAUUGUUUGCAUGCAUGUACAGAUAUUUUUGAUCAUAUACAAGUACAGAGAAUUUCACAUUUUUAUCUGGCAAAUUGAUGUGCCUAAGAAGAAAUCUCAUUUUCAAAGGUAGGCGUAGACAUGUAAUUAUGCUUAAGCCUUAAUGGUGUUUUAACUGCUCUAGAAAUUACUAGUGUGAGAAAAAGCCAAGUACUUUAAAGUGAGUUUGAGAAACAGGUUGAAAAUAAAAUGAAAAGACUGGUCAUUUAGGAGCUUUCAAUAGAAUCUAUAAGAAUAAAUAAUAAAUAAAUAAAUUGCCUGACAAAUGAUGGAUUAUAAUGGUCCCUAGCAAUUGUGUGAUAAACAUUCAUAUGGUCCUUCAUUUUAACGUUAAAUCGUAAGUAGGACAAGGAAAUAUAAUGAAAGGGGAAUAAUGAAUGUUUCAAAUUCUUGUCAGUUAUCCAGCCAUUUCAAUUUUGAUCCAGCCAUUUCAAUGAACUACAAAGAAUAGUCUUUGUUGCAAAGGUAGCCUCAAUCUUUUCAUCACUAAUUUGGAUUGAAAUUACUCAGGCCAACUCACAUUCCUAUCAAAUACUAUGCCAGGGAAAGGCGGACAUGAUGAUUGAAGGUAAAAUUUCCUUAGAGAAAGGAAUUUUACUCCGCUUAGUCCAGUAAAAUUAUUCCAGUGGUGGACAGUGGUAAUAUUCACCAUCUCUAAUCCACUGGAAAAUAAACAUGAGUCAAGGAAAGUCAAAAAAAUAAAAUUUAUUUUUAUGUAUAAAUUGAUAUUUUGCUUUGCAACUUUGGACCAUAAUUGAAUUCAUGUACUACAAGCAUUUUCUAAUUUUUUAGAGAUUAUAGACCAUGGAUGACAUUAAAAUCAUUAUAAUCGAUGGAUAAUUUGUUCUAUGUUAUUGUUAAAGCUGACACAGUAUUGUCUGAGCAGUGAGAUUUGAGUACAUUUCAAUGUUUAUAGAAGUUUAGUGGAUAAAACUUUAAAGCCAAUAACUUGUGUGUCAAAUGUUAAUGCUAUAUUCAAAAUAAAGGAAGACCAAACCAUGCGCCUUAUAAAGCCCUUUGUCCUAAGGCUUCUUGACCUAAAGGAAAUCACUGGAAUUGAGUUCUUAGAGUCCAAGAGUAGAGCAUGAGUUUAGACAUACAAGAUUCUAAAACAUAAAUAUUUAUUUCAAAGCAGGCAUUGACAACACAAAACUACAAUAUGGUCCUGAUGCAAGAAUAUUUCUAGAGUCACACUGAAUUAUUUUUAUGAGAUCACCUUAUUUUUACAUAUGAUAAACUACUUCCAUAAUACUUAUUAUGGUAAAAUAAAAUUAGAAAAAAUUAAAACUGACCUAUGAGAGUGUUAAGGACCUAUUAGAAUGGCAUAUAUAAAUUAAGCAUAAAAUAUGUAACCAGGAAAAGACUGUUAACAUUACAUUUAUGCAAAUUAAAUGCCCUUAAAUUUCACCAUUUGUCUUUCAUUUUAAAGGUUAUUUGCCCCCGAUUAUAUGAUUCAAGUGUUAUAAGGUUUAGUUUGAACUACUUCGCAGUAAUUUAUUUGACAGAUCUCUAUUCUAUAAAUGUGUAAUGUAAUGAGGAAAGAGAUCUUUCUUUUUAAAUGAAAACAUUAAUGUGUUAAUACCCUGUAUGGAUAAUGUUUGACAUUUAGUGGUUACCAAAAUAUAUUGGUAUGUUGCUGAACGUAUUAAUACAUAUGCCUUAGAAAUGCACAUUCUGUAUUCUGUGGGAUGAUAAUCUAAUUCAAUAUAGAAUAUGCUAUUUGGCAGUGAAUUUGUUGCCAGAUUUCAAAUAGGGAGUUAAGUGGCACUUUCACAAUCCAAAGAUUUUUAGUUAAAAAUCAUGUAGUCUAAUACACUGCAUUUAUUUUUUAUAUUUUUCAAUGCAUUUAAUUAUCUUUUUUAUAAUUCUUUGUACUAACUCAGCAUGUAACAACCAAUUUACUUGGAAAUAAAUUGAAAUAUGAUAACUAUUAUGC